GCCCCGGCCUUGGCCCUGCCCCCUCUUCUCCGCCCCUCGGUGCCCGGGGUGUCAUUGGACCGGGGAGACGCAAGCCAACUUCAGGCGGCUCUGAGGAAGCCCGUACAGUCACCUAGGUGCAAGAACGUUGCUGCCUUAGGCUCUCCCGCUGCAGGGAGAGCGGCACUCGCUGGCCUGGAUGCGGUUGCGUUCAGGGGGUCUCCGCAGCAGGGGUGUCGCGGCGGUGACAGGAGCUGCAACAGGUAGACGCCCAGAGACGGACCCCGGCCGAGGCAGUGAUGGAGACCAAGGGAUACCCCAGCCUGCCUGAAGGUCUAGAUAUGGAAAGACAGUGGGGUCACGGUUCUCAGACUGUGCAGCGUUCUUCCCUGGGACCUACCGAGAGGAACGAUGCGAAUAGCUACAUGGAGAUCGUCAACGUAAGCUGUGUUUCCGGUGCUAUUCCCAACAACACUACUCAAGGAAGCAGCAAAGAAAAACACGAACUCCUCCCUUGCCUGCAGCAGGACAGUCAUCGUCCUGGAACCCUCGCAUCUGAUAUUAAAACCGAGUUGGAAUCUAAGGAACUCUCGGCCACUGUCGCCGAGUCCAUGGGGCUGUACAUGGAUUCCAUCCGAGAUGCCGAUUACACCUUUGACCCGCAGAACCCACAAGGAAGCUUGAGCCCGGCGAAGAUUUAUCAAAACGUUGAACAGCUGGUGAAAUUUUACAAAGAAAACGGCCACCGGCCCUCGGCGUUCAGCAGCAUGACGAGGCCUCUGCGGUCCUUCCUGUCCGAGCCCGGGAGCUGCGUGAAUGGCGGUGGCGUCAUGCGCGCCAUGGUCAAAAGCCCCAUCCUGGGUCGUGAGAAGAGCCCGUCCGUCUGCAGCCCUCUCAACAUGACAGCGGCCGUCUGCAGCCCCGCGGGGAUCAACUCCGUGUCCUCCACCACGACCAGCUUUGGCAGUUUUGCAGUGCACAGCCCCAUCACCCAGGGGACGCCUCUGACGUGCUCCCCCAGCGUGGAGAACCGAGGGUCCAGGUCGCACAGCCCCGCGCACGCGAGCAACGUGGGCUCGCCGCUGUCCAGCCCCUUGAGUAGCAUGAAAUCCCCCAUUUCCAGCCCUCCGAGCCACUGCAGCGUCAAAUCCCCGGUGUCCAGCCCGAGCCACGUCGCUCUGCGGUCCUCUGUGUCUAGCCCUGCAAACAUCCACAACUCAAGGUGCUCUGUCUCCAGCCCUUCCAACACCAACAACAGAUCCACGCUGUCCAGCCCGACGGCCAGCACUGUGGGAUCCAUCUGUAGCCCCGUGCACAGCGCCUUCAGCUACACGGCGUCUGGCACCCCGGGGGGCUCCAGUGCCCCUCGGGACGUGGCCCCUAGCCCCGACACGCACGAGAAAGGUGCUACCGUGGACGGCCCUUUCCCCAAGACGGAGCCAGUGGAGCAUGCCAUCGCAAAUGGCGUGUCUGCGCAGCUCAACAUCGUCCAGUACAUCAAGCCAGAACCAGAUGGCGCUUUCAGUAGCUCCUGCCUAGGAGGAAAUAGCAAGAUAAAUGCAGAUUCCCCGUUUUCUGUACCCAUAAAGCAAGAAUCCACCAAGCAUUCCUGUUCAGGUACCUCUUUUAAAGGGAAUCCAACUGUAAACCCGUUUCCAUUCAUGGAUGGCUCAUACUUUUCCUUCAUGGAUGACAAAGACUAUUACUCUCUAUCAGGAAUCUUAGGACCACCUGUGCCAGGCUUCGAUGGGCACUGUGAAGGCGGUGGGUUCUCCAUGGGGAUUAAGCAAGAACCAGAUGAUGGGAGCUAUUACCCCGAGACCAGCCUCCCGUCGUCCGCCAUUGUUGGCGUGAAUUCAGGUGGACAGUCCUUUCACUACAGGAUUGGUGCUCAAGGUACAAUAGCGUUGUCCCGAUCGGCUAGAGACCAGUCUUUCCAACACCUGAGUUCAUUUCCUCCUGUCGGCACUUUAGUGGAGUCGUGGAAAUCGCAUGGCGACCUGCCAUCACGAAGAAGCGAUGGAUACCCGGUCCUAGAAUACAUUCCAGAAAACGUAUCAAGCUCUACUUUACGAAGUGUUUCUACUGGAACCUCAAGACCUUCCAAAAUAUGUUUGGUGUGUGGGGAUGAGGCCUCUGGAUGCCAUUAUGGGGUAGUGACCUGCGGCAGCUGCAAGGUUUUCUUCAAAAGAGCAGUGGAAGGGCAACACAACUAUUUAUGUGCUGGAAGAAAUGAUUGCAUCAUUGACAAAAUUCGGCGGAAGAACUGCCCUGCCUGCCGACUUCAGAAGUGUCUCCAAGCUGGAAUGAAUUUAGGAGCAAGAAAGUCAAAGAAGUUGGGCAAGUUAAAAGGGAUUCACGAGGAACAGCCGCAGCAGCCCCCACCGCCACCACCCCAGAGUCCCGAAGAAGGGACAACGUACAUUGCUCCUGCAAAAGAGCCUUCUGUCAACACCGCGCUGGUUCCUCAGCUCUCCACAAUCACACGGGCCCUCACGCCUUCCCCUGUUAUGAUCCUUGAAAAUAUCGAGCCCGAAAUCGUGUAUGCAGGCUAUGACAGCUCAAAGCCAGACACCGCUGAAAAUCUGCUCUCCACUCUGAACCGUUUGGCAGGCAAGCAGAUGAUUCAAGUGGUGAAGUGGGCAAAGGUACUUCCAGGAUUUAAAAACUUGCCUCUUGAGGACCAAAUUACCCUAAUCCAGUAUUCUUGGAUGUGUCUAUCAUCAUUUGCCUUGAGUUGGAGAUCGUACAAACAUACGAACAGCCAAUUUCUCUAUUUUGCACCAGACCUAGUCUUUAAUGAGGAGAAGAUGCAUCAGUCGGCCAUGUAUGAGCUCUGCCAGGGGAUGCACCAAAUCAGCCUUCAGUUCGUUCGACUGCAGCUUACCUUUGAAGAAUACACCAUCAUGAAAGUGUUGCUGCUGCUAAGCACAAUUCCAAAGGACGGCCUCAAAAGCCAGGCUGCAUUUGAAGAAAUGAGAACAAAUUACAUCAAGGAAUUGAGGAAGAUGGUCACAAAGUGUCCCAACAAUUCUGGGCAGAGCUGGCAGAGGUUCUACCAACUGACCAAGCUGCUGGACUCCAUGCAUGACCUGGUGAGCGACUUGCUGGAGUUCUGCUUCUACACCUUCCGCGAGUCCAAGGCCCUGAAGGUGGAGUUCCCGGCCAUGUUGGUGGAGAUCAUCAGUGACCAGCUGCCCAAGGUGGAAUCCGGCAACGCCAAGCCCCUCUACUUCCACAGGAAGUGACAGGCCCGUCCGCACGGAAGAACUUUGCCUUAAGUUUCCCCGUGGGGCUCCCCACGAACCCCCAUUUCUCACCUGCGGUGAUUGCGGCCCCUUGCUCAGCAGUUCCCGUCAAGGGCACGGCGGCGGCAUCUGGAAAGCACGGAUGGACGGACGGACGUGGGCUUGGCCCGGCCGGAGCCGCUGGAGGCUCCUUCCCUCCCUCCCAGCGCGUCGGGAUGCCCCGCUCCCCUGGAUGAAAAGCCAUAUCUAGUCACUAACUCUGAUUUUGAUACUUUAACCGACGGGAGGUGUAACUCUGCCAGGUGGUUUCUGGUAUCGUUUGCUUGUUUUACAAAGGGGUCAAGGACUAAGGAACUGUUCAAAGCUUACCCUUGGUUUGCACAUAAAACGUAUAGUCAACACGGGGCAUUAGUAUUCUUUUAUUUAAAACACACAGAGAAGGAGGGAAAAAAAGAAAACCUGUAUACAGAUUCCUGCUGUGUCCUAAUGGAACGUGCAGUGCGGGGUCUCGGCCCCGACCCCUGGGGCUGUCGCCACCCCCAACCCCUGCUUCCCUGGUGUCCACACCCCUUAGUGCCCACCUAUUAUUUAACUAGUAUGGAUAAGAUGUUAAAACAAAUGCCUUGGUUUAAGUUUCUAGUAUCUAUUGUGUUGGCUUUACAGAUAAUUUCUUCUGCAGUCUUUUGCUGUGCUGUACAUUACUGUCUGUAUAAAUGGUGAGGGGCCUGAAAUACAGUGUAAGGGACUUUUGUAAACGAGACACAUACAGCUAAAACAAAUCUUUAAUGGUUAUAGGAUGAAUGGGAAAGUAUUUUUGAAAGAAUUCUAUUUUGCUGGAGACUAUUUAAGUACACUAUCUUUGUCUAAACAAACAAGGUAAUUUUUUUUGUAAAGUGACAUGUUCUGCAUGCAUAAUGAACCGUUUACAGUGUAUUUAAGAAAGGGAAAGCUGUGCCUUUUUUAGCUUCAUAUCUAAUUUACCAUUUUACAGUCUGUUGUAAAUAACCAUGUGUAAACCUCUUUGGUUGUCUUUAAGCCUUUCUACUUUUUCUGUACUUCUGUUUUCCCCUGGGGCGUCCCCUGGGGAUGUCCGGGGGGUGGGACGCCUCGGCUUCCGCUUCAUCCGGCUUCCGGGGGGCAGCACGCUGCCGCCUCUGCAGCUCCUGACCGGGGUCACAUGGCAGAACACGCGUGUCAGAGGACGGCCCGGAAGUGCUGCACGCAGCUGUGGGAGGGCCACCCUUCUCCUCCGGAAGCCGAAAUCAGCUGACAACAGCAGGGCUUGGGAGCUCAGUCGGGCAGAGUGAGAGUCAUGUUAUUUUUGCCUCCUUUGUGAGGAGGGGCGAGGGGGGCAAUCCCAUGCACUUUUUCUCUGCCGAGGGACGAUCACCUUUCCCUUCGGGUCUUGGGAAGGGUUUGGGCACUCCUGGAAGUGGCGAUGGGAACACGCUGAGAUCACUGCAGGACCGACCAGAUGAGGGCCGGCCCAUUGGCAAGCUUCAGUCAGCAGGGUGGCGACCAGAAGACAAGUAGAGGGUUUUUAGAAUUUUUAAAAGGUAGGUUUUAAAAAGAAAUUUUAUACGUAAACCGUUUUGAAAAAAGUAAAAAAAAAAAAGGCAAAACAAAAACACACUACAGAUCACACAAGCAAGACAGUGGCACUAAAAUGUUUAAUUCAUUAAUCUGUUCAGCACUGAUGCAAACUGCUGGCUUUUCUCCUGCCCCAGAUCACAGUGCUGUCUGGCUCUGGGGACGCCAAUAUGAUUGCACUAAAUAAACUUCCUGGAAUAGAGGGUACGUGAAUCUCUGACAAGCAAUGAUCGAAAUCGAGUACGCAGUGAGAUCACACGCUUUUCCAUAGGCGGGAGUUGGCGGGGCCGGGCCGGGAGCGGGCGUGCAGACGACCACUUCUCUCCGGGUUCGCCAUGCAGGCAACAUUACCUUGUCUUUCCAAAGACACCUGCCUUCUGCAAGGGGGACCUGGGAACUGGACUCCGAGGGGCGGGCGUGUUUUUCAUACAUAAUUUGCGAUGUCCGGAAUUUAAUUUCUAGGCAGAUCUUUCCAACAUCGUCAACUUACACACAGCAAUACGAAGCCAUGUGUUGAAGGUGAACAAGACACCACGCAGAAGGGUAGUUUCUGGGCCGGAAAAAGGCUAACAAAUGCGGCUUUUGGGGCACACGCGCCUCAUGGAAUGGGAAUUUCGCCAGAGCUGGGUUGGGGAUUGAGAUGGUAUGCGUCAGCCUUUUGUAUUAACAAAGUUACUGGCCCUUCAUGUGUCUCCAGGGAACUCUGCUUGGUGAAACAGCAAAGCCAUAUUCUAAGUUCACUGUUGAAUGCCUGUGUCCCAGUUCAAAUCGUCUGUCUGCUCUUAUUUUUGUGCCAUAUUGCUCUGACAGAUCUUGGUUUGGUACAAUUCAUGAUUCACCAAAACUUCUUCAUAUAAUUAAAAGAACACACUAAAUUAGUUUAAAAUGAAGCAAUUUAUAUCUUUAUGCAAAAACAUUAUGUCUGUCUUUGCAAAGGACUGUAAGCGGAUUACAAUAAAUCCUUUACUUUAAUCA